AUGAACGAUGGGAAUACCGAGAAUGACCAGAGGGAGCCUGAGCGACCAGAUCAGAACCAGUCCCCCGUGAAAAGGCCGUGGGUACCAUGGACUUUACGUCGCCCAUUCCUGUGCUCCCUGGCUGGGCUUUUCCUGCUCCUCGCCGUUGUGCUCGAAGUUCUCCGCCAAGUUUCAGAACGCAAACAUGGGUUGGUCCUCUACAAAACAGUGGAUGAGAUGCCGAAAAUCAUCUCGGGGCUCUACAUUUACCUCCCGGUGGCCGUGGCAGUACUCGCGGUGACGCUGUGGCAGUUUUGUGCCGCCGAUGCGCUGCGACUGGAGCCGUAUUUCCAGCUCGCGAGACCGGAGGGUGUCCCAGCGACGGCCCUCUUCACAAACUAUACCUUUCGCCCCGAUGCCAUGGCGCCGAUCGUCGCAGCACGCGAUCGACACUGGCUCGUUCUACUGAUCUCGAUUCUGUCCGUCAGCUUCCGAAUUGCGCUACCCUCCUUACUCUCAGGGCUCGUAGUGCUGACCGAGGCCAACUUGGAGCAAGCAUACACCGUUACCACGUGGCCAAAGUUGCUCGAUCAAGAAGGUCAGAAGGACUGGUUUACUGCUCAAUACAUCCGCCAAACCAAUGAUACAGUCAUACUCAAUUCCGAUGAGUUCUUUCUCUUUCGGUCCUUUGACUAUACCUCGCCAGCAGUCUCUAUGCCCAUCGAGGAAAACGAGACAUCGGUUUUAUCCCUGAAUCAGACUGUGUAUUGGAGCGAGCUAACGUGUCAAAACUCCUCUGCCCCGAACGUCACAUGGACUCGACAACUUGCGCAACUGAAUGGUAGCAAAUUACAACACUGGCGCGCAGCAGAGCUCGAGUUUCCUUCCGUCAACCCAGAAUCUCCCUGCGUUGUCAAUUUCACUCUCAAUUCUACGAUCCCACAAGGAAGCAGCGCGGUCCAACUGCGAUAUUGGGAGCCGAUACCCACAAAUUCAGUGUCUAGUCAGGACCAUGUGUUCCAGACCAAAAACUGUGGAAAUUACGCCCUCCUUGGCUUGAUAGUCGAGAUCGACGAAGGCUCACAACAAGUGACUGGCCAUACCUCUCAUGCUACGGCAUUUGCCUGCAGUGUGAGAUAUCGAACAGCAGAAGCUCUGGUCAAACUCGGCGUCGACGCGUCGAUGGACGAAGUCGAUGUUCAUUCUUCCACCGUAAAGGACCUCUCAGAAAAACAGUUUUUCGACGCAGGUUUUCAUGACGUUCUCUAUCACGAGACCACCCGAUUGGCCAAGUCGAGUUUUCGAGCCCAGCACGCAAAUGAGAGCAACUCUGUCAGUACGAAUCGGUUGCCGUUCUCGUCGUUAGUCCUAGAUCUGGAUCAGGAAAGCUUUUCUCAGUUCAUCGACCCCUUUGGAUAUCAAACUCGAAUCAAGGCCUCAUGGAAUUCCAAAUUCGUCGCCGCCAUGAGCAAGUUAUUUGACGUGACAGUUCCGACGAACGUCGAAGCCAGUCAGACCACGACAUUUGUGGUUCUUCAAGUUCUAUCGACCCCUGCUACCUCCGCAGAGACCUUUCUUAUAGCCGCGGCUAUUAUGUUACUGUUCCUUGGGGUUGUAUACCCCCGUCGCCCUAAUUUCCUUCAAAAUGAUCCUGGUUCUGUACUCGCCCAGUGCGCAGUCGUUGCGGACCUGUUCACUCCUGGAAACCCUCUCACCAGAUCCGAUGACAAGUUCAGCCGCGCUACAUCUAGGCAACUUCGUCGAUGGGCGAAGAACUUCAAAUGUCAAUGGACAGAUGGGCCCAGCGGCAAAAUGAUCGAUAUUGUUCCAUUAUCUCCCGACAUUUCACCGGAAGAGCUUGCAUUACCGCUUGCUCGGAGACAUACAGACCGAAGACCUCAUUUCGUCAUUCUACCCUGGUUUCUAGCGGAGUGUGUCUUAUUGACUGGCACUGUGGUCACAUAUGGCCUCGCACUAAGCGCAUUUUCGGUCAGAAAUCUCAACUACGGGACCAAAAGCCAAUUUGGGUUUCUAGUUUUUUUGAUGUUUGGGCCCACCCUGAUAGCAUCAUUGGUCGGUUCAUUACUUGCCUCGAUUCUGCGGUCUUUGACCAUCAUUGAAACCUGGGGGAGACUGCAGAAAGGUAAAGCAUCCUUCCAAGAGACUUUAAAAAAGAACUACGGAUCUCACAUCCCAACGUCUAUUCUUUUCCACAACCUUGGCCAGGGACCCACGAUCCCUAUAGCUCUGUCCAUCAUCUGUACUCUGGGGUUUCUCCUCACAAUUGUCAGUGGUGGAAUGUUUGAAUCCCAAACAAAAAGCUACACAGGCGACGUCACCAACCUACACGCUUCAUAUGAUAACAAGUCCUUCCAUAUUCCCGAUUCAAACAUUCAGUUUGAUGGUAUUGGCCUGAUGCUGAAUCAUUUGAACAGAGGCACGCCUAUACUUCCUUGGCAAGACGACAAAUACUCAUUCCUUCCUUUGAUAUUCUCCAACUUCAAUGUCGUGGAAGAUGAUACCAUCAGCUACAACGCAAUUACCGUUGGACUUGGGGCAGAUUUGGAUUGCCAUCGAGUCUAUUUGAACCAAUCAUGGACCGACCACGAAUCUGGACUGCAAAAUUGGAACUACACAAGGCCAUCCGGCCUGACUUGUACAAUGCAAACCCCAGAGGUCAUGAAAAAUGGCUUGAUCGGAAGAGCAAUCUCCUAUCUGCAACCAAGUAUCGCUUCUUCAAACGAACCCGGCUGCCAAAGCACAGUCCUAGCGCUUGCUCGCUGGGAAACAAUGGAUACAUCCCCCAUGAAUGCCCAAAACUCUGUCUCUAUGUCAUGCGAUGUUUCCAUCUCAAUGAAUGACUUCGAAGUCACAUUCAGUGGAGAGGGCAUUGUAUCCUCUGCACAUCAAAAGAAGGAACCAGUCUUGCAUGGCGGACACACAUCAUACAACAUGUCCCAGUCUGAGGUGGCGCAUUUCAAUCAGUUGAUCAUGAGUUUUGCAAAACCAUAUAACCCUCUUGGGAAUGGUUCUUUCUUCGACUAUGACUGGCCCGGGAUGAUGGCUGCAGCAGAAUACGACCGUCUCCAACCCGACUCGGAGUUAUCUUUCGAUCCCGAUUCUCUAAUCACUGCCGUUCAGUCCACAUAUCAACAGAUCUUCCGCGCUUAUCUCACCUUCAGCCUAGAUUUGUAUUUUCGAGACUACCCAGAUUCCGUCGCCCCAAAUGUCGAAGGAACGAAGACGACGACUCUCUGGGGCCUUUUCCCUUCACCGCUAUCGAUCAUCAUGGCUUUGGUGCUUCUGUCACUAGAUGUUGUGAUAGUCGUGAUCAUCUUCGUUGCUCGUUCUACCUACUUUCGUGCACCGAGGAUUCCCACAUCUCUGGGAUCACUCAUGCCAUGGAUUGCCGGGAGCAACAUGAUAUCUGACAUGCGAGAAAUGUCCCGGAUGGGGAAAAGCAAGCUCGAGGUAUCUCGGGUGCAGAGCGAGAGAGUUUACCGAUUUGGCCUUAGUCGCGAUGGAAGCGGCGAUGGAAGGUGGAUACUCGACUACGAUGACUCGAGCUUCAGGGAGGUUGGCCAUGAGCUGGACCAGAUACCGCAUCUUUCAUCAGCCAGGCGACGCCUUCGUGAACGAUUACGGCCAUCGAGGAGUGCUGAAGGCGAAGUAAUCGCAUCCUCGAUUGAGCCUGUAUCCUACGUUUCAAGAUGUGCUGAGGCUUUACGGAACCUCGUCAAAAGGCGGCUGGGAAGACCACGUCUGCCUCCAUAG